AGGAAACUUCAACAUGGUACAUAUUCCAUAAAAAUUGUUGGUAUCAUUUAUUUUUUCUAUUUUUGUUUACCUCAUAAGAUUUUGAGGAUCCACAGGAUCUGUUUAAAUUUUUUACACUUUAAUGUUGAAGAGACUUGAGGACAAUUGAAAAUAAAAGAACUUAAUUUAAAUUACGUAAAAUGUCAUCAAAGAGAAAACAAAUUCACGGAAGAAAUCCUAGCCGUGGUGAUAAAGAUGGAAAUUCACAACCGGUUCGUGUGGGAGGGCGAAUUAAGAAGGCCAAGACAAUUUUCGAUCCGUCGGAUAAUCUGUAUCCGAGAAAGCGUCGUAUGACUAUCAUCAAGGAUCUUAAGGAUGUUGGGCAACCGAAGAAGCUUCUCAGUAGCAGUGAUUCUUCAGAACAAAAAUAUAUUUUGUUUUCUAACAACGGUGACGACCGCGAGGAUAUUUUGGGAGAUGAGAGAACACUUUCAUUCUAUCAGGGCUGGUGCAUUGUUUGCCUUAAAAACACUCCAAAACUCAUUACAUGCCAGUCGUGCUCCUACAAAGCACACGUUGAAUGCUUAGAGAAGAAAACAGGAGCAAAGUCGGAGAGUUUUGAGAACAAUUGGCACUGCCAACAGUGUAAAUUCUGUGUUGUUUGCCAAAAGACAACAAGCUACGGAAUCCUCACGCAGUGCACAAGGUGUCUUAACUUCUACCACAACACAUGUCACCGUCCGAGAAUCUUGAGCAAAGGAAUACAAUUGAGAAAAUGGAUGUGCAGCCAGUGCCACGACAAGGAGACCUCCGAGAUGUCAUCCGAAAGUGCCGUAGAUGAAUCUGAAUCUUCGGGAACUGAAACCAAUGCUAAGAUUGAAACGCCUAUCAAGGCAGAACCGAAGAAAAAUGAAAUGAAGGUUCAGCCUACAAAAGUAUCGGACAGAAGUAGCAAAGAAGCUAAAACCGAUAGAACUCACCUGAAAUCAUCAAAGGAAACAGAAGAAAAAUCUCUCAAUGACAGAAUUUCUACAAUUCUUGCGCCAUUUGGUAACGAAGUCAUACCCGACGCCUCCACUUGGACAGCUAAUGAGGUCUAUUCUUAUUUUUCGCGCCAUUUCCCCAAUGAAGCGAACGUUUUUCGUGAACAGGAAAUUGAUGGCACCUCUUUAGUGCUGAUGAAGCGCGAUGACGUGGUGAGUGGAUUGAAACUGAAACUAGGUCCGGCUAUACGGAUCUACAGACAUGUUCUGAUGCUACAGAAGAGGAGUUCAGAUCCACGAUUACCGUGGUUUUAAUCACUGAUUCUAUUGAUUUGAUUUUAAACAAACUUCUAUUUGCUAUUUUGUAUAUUUUCUCAACUUUCUACACACCCCAUCUAUGCACGGAAAAGACCGUGCUUUUUUUUUCUUCGUAUUUUAAAAGAAAAACACAAAAAAGUUAAUCAUUAUUAAAAAAAAUAUUUUAAAUGAUUUUCUUUCUUUCAACAUAUUUCUACAUUAUGUUGAUAAGGGAUUUUAUUACCUAAAUGUUUUAUUUAGAAUAUAAAUUGUGGUAAAAUAAAAAUGAUUUUUAAAAGUAAUUCCUUUUGUUUUUAAUUGCUAUUUUACGCUUAAUCAGUUCCGGCUGCUUCAAAAGCUACAAAAAAUGUUAUUAGCCAAAAUAUUUAAAAGAAGUGUUACGUUAUGUUUUAUCAGAGAUACAUAUCUUAAAGUUUUUUUUGAGGAAAAUUAAAAAGAUAAUACAUAAAACAUAAAAACCUCAGUGGAAAAUCAUUAAAUAUCGAAGAGAAUGUAUUGAAAAUCUGUUUGUUUUAUUAAUGAUUUAUUUUUUAAUUAUUAUAAUUAUUCAGAUUCAAAAUGAGUUUGAAAAUAAUAAAAUGUCUUUAUACCUUUCUUUAUCCUAAGUGAAUAAUAUAAGGGAGAAUACUAUAGUGUGUUACUUUAAAUAAAGUGGGAUUUAAUCUUUUAUGUAUCUAUAUAUACUAUUUCAUUCAGUUUUGUUAAUUAAACAACAAAGAAAAGGUAUGUACCGUAUGUAUUGCAAUUUAAUUAACAUAUAAAUCAUCCUAAAAAGGUGUCUUUGGUUAAAAGCACAAUAUUCUAUAAUAUACGCUUAUUUUAGAAUCGUUUUUCACAUCCACAAAAUCUGAUUUGAACAUUCACGUUAAAAUCUAGGUAUUUUUCAUCCAUUUUUUUUACAUUCUAUUUAUGCACGGUUAAAUGUGAUUAAAGUGAUUAUACUUAAUCAUUAAAAUUCUAUUUGAUUCGUGUCUCAACAUUUUAAGAACGUAAAGACUCAAUAUUAUCGUAUUUUUUAAUAUCUAUAAAUUAACGCCUUACUUUCUAAGAUAUGACACUGAAAAUUAAUUUUAGUGGUGGUUUUUCAUGUACCAAUUGAAAUAAAGUUUAUAAAUGCAACAGUAUAAGCAUCCAUUCAAAAUAGCUGUGUUUCUAUUGAGCACAUUUAAAAAUCUAGAAGUAAAUAAAAAGUUAAAUGAAUUCCAAUAUGAAAAGUUUAUUCGUUUCCGUAUUGCAUAGAUUUAUGUACUCGAAAAUGUUAAACACUUUUGUUACUCUUUGUUUCUCUUGUAAAAUCUUUUCACGGAUAUAAUUCAACUUUAUGGAAUUUGAAAAUGUUUAAUUAAGCAUUAUUUACUAAAAUUGCUAUAUACUUUUUAAUACAGAACACGAGGCCUACCGGCCAGAUACAAAAUGUUGAGGUAAUUCACAAAGAUAGAUUGAAAAAUGAGACUGCGGUGGUUAAUUGAAAUCAAAAUUUCAUAGGCUUAUAUCAAUAUAGAUGCUGUAUUCAGAAACACAACUUAUAAAAAAAAGAA